GCUGCGCCCCCCGGAGCCAUGUCCUCCGCCGCCCGCUUCGACUCCUCGGACCGCUCGAGCUGGUACGUGGGGCCGGUGUCGCGGGCAGAGGCGCAGACGCGACUGCAGGGGCAGCGUCACGGCAUGUUUCUUGUGCGGGACUCAUCCACCUGCCCGGGCGACUACGUGCUCUCCGUGUCCGAGAACUCGCGCGUCUCCCACUACAUCAUCAACUCCCUGCCCAACCGCCGCUUCAAGAUCGGCGACCAAGAGUUCGAGCACCUGCCAGCGCUGCUCGAGUUCUACAAGAUCCACUACCUGGACACCACCACCCUCAUCGAGCCGGCGCCCAGGUAUCCAAGUCCAUCUAUAGGAUCUGGAACUGCUUCUACUCUAUCUGCUGCAGAAGAAAAUGUGGAGUAUGUUCGGACUCUGUAUGACUUUCUUGGGAAUGAUGCUGAGGAUCUUCCAUUUAAAAAGGGUGAGAUACUGGUAAUCGUGGAGAAGCCUGAAGAACAGUGGUGGAGUGCCAGAAACAAGGAUGGUCGGAUUGGAAUGAUUCCUGUUCCUUAUGUAGAAAAGCUAGUCAGAUCUUCUCUUGGGAAGCAUGGAAACAGGAAUUCCAACAGUUAUGGUAUUCCAGAACCUGCCCAUGCUUAUGCUCAGCCUCAGACCGCAAGUCCCCUUCCCACAGUAUCCAGUACACCUGGAGCAGUGAUCAAUCCUCUGCCAUCAACACAGAAUGGACCAGUCUAUGCCAAAGCUAUCCAAAAAAGAGUACCCUGUGCUUAUGACAAGACUGCGCUUGCUCUAGAGGUCGGAGAUAUUGUGAAGGUUACAAGGAUGAACAUAAAUGGUCAGUGGGAAGGAGAAGUCAACGGUCGAAAAGGGCUGUUCCCGUUCACACACGUCAAAAUAAUCGACCCUCAAAACCCGGAUGAGAAUGAAUGAUUCCCUUUGCCUGGUUCACGCUGCUGCUUCAUUUUCCUGGCUAUCGUUAGCGUUGUUUGAGGUGGGAUGAUGACUUAAUGGCACAUUGCUAGCAUUGACCAUUUUCCAGCUUGCUGCAGUUUGACAGUUCUUUUAAUAUACAUUUGAAAUACGUUACAACUGAAGUCACUGCCUGACCCUCAUACCAUAGUUGCAUCAUCCAGAUGAUAAUUUCACUUUUAGAACUAUAUCAGGCCUUAAGCUGGAGAAGACUGAACCCUACAGAUAUAUAGGAGACAAGUAUGGGGGGGGAAAAAAAGAAACCCUUUCCUGUUGAGACUUCCAUGGACUUGUUUUGGCCUACUUGGUAAGAAGAGCCCUAAUCCUAGAUCAAACAUAGAACUUGUGCAUUACUGUCCAACAAAAAGCAACAACAAAAAUGCAAUUUAAGGACUGAAGAAGACUUAGUUUUAAGAGAAACUGUCCUAAGGUAGUAUAUUCAAGAUAAUGGUUUCUUUAAAGGACAAUAAUCAAAGCUUAUGUAUGCUAAGCAGUUGUAUUAGAAGCUGCUCCUUUGUGAUAACUCUCAAGCUUGUUGUUGACCUUCCUGAAACAGUGUGUGUUAAAUGCAAAUAACCAUUGAUUGAGCUGCAUUGAAGCUGAGGCAAUUAUUUAUAAAGAAGCUUAGGAGUGGCCGAUACGCGUAA